ACGAUAAGAGCACAGCCAUAGCGUACACCGUGCUUAACCUCUGCUGCAUCGCUUGCCAAUUUUCCACUUCCCUAGCUUUCUCACGCUCUUGUAACAUAACGCCCUUAUCCCCAUGACUGCUUCACGGCGCUUGUACACCCAGCUCGCCGCAAGCGCAGCAGAAGCUGCCAGCAGCGGGUCGCGGCCACUGAAGAUUAUUGGAACUGUUAGCGCAGUGGGCACAGCGCUUGUCCUGGUCAGCCAGUGGGCGACCGGCGUGCAGCUGGACGCCUUUAAGAAAAGCAUGCGCGCCGACCUGAAGACGGAGCUGGGCGCCGUGCGCAACGACAUGAAUGACGUGAAGACGGAGCUGGGUGCCAUGCUGAAUGACAUAAAGACGGAGCUGGGCGCCAUGCGCAAUGACAUGAAUGACAUGAAGACGGAGCUGGGUGCCAUGCGCAACGACCUGAAGACGGCGCUGCUGGGUGCCAUGGAGCGCGCUGUCACGCACUGAAGCAGGUGCUGACGGAGGCGGACCAGCUGGCCGCACGUGACGCCUACUGCCGGGCCGUGUGCGACCACACAGAGCCGCACCAGCACGACGAGGCGGCGCGGCUGCUGCGGCCGGCGGUGGGCCACAACCCCCACAUCGCAGAGCCGCACGUGCUGCUGGCUCAGAUCCACGAGCAGCGGCAGCAGUGGGCGGAGGCGGAGCGGCACGCGGCGCGGGCUCUGCGGGUGUUUUGCGAAUGGGGCACUGCCUGGGACAAGCGCAUGCCCUGGGAGGCCUGGGUGGCCAUGACCAGGUGGGGCAGGGGGGGGCGCAAAGGGGGGUGUCAACAGCAGCCCAAACUAAACAACACCAGGCCAAAGUAGCGUGGCACAGGCGGAGGUGUGGGGGUUUGUAAAUUCCAGCCCAAACCAAACCAAAGGGGGAGGGAGGCAGCGGGGUGUUGCAGGAACAAGAGGAGAGGCGGCAGCCGGGUGGGCAGCAGCCGGGUGGGCGCUAUCCGGAGUGGAGCGCCGAGUGAAGAAUCGCUGUCGGUGAGUUUGCCUGUACGCUGUGAAAGCAGGGGUGACCGCAACAAUGGCACUUUGAUAGCGCUGUUCAGGAACUUGAUUUGCGGGACCUCAGCGCAAGUACUGGGCGCGAGUUGUAGAUGCAAACUUUGGUGGUCAGGCGCGACGUCCAAAUUUUGCACUUCAGCCUCAAGCUUUGCACUUCCGAAUGCCCGUUGCGGGUGCAGAACUGCAAAGCAACCAUGAAUGACCAAGACGACUUGACCGCAUGGACGGUCGGGUCGCGACGCAACGAGAGCAAUAGCGCAGACAAGCGCGGCCGCUCACCAGCGCGCAUCAGGCGGCUCGAGCAGCUCAUCAAGAUGGAUGGCGCGGCGCCUCUGUGUUUUAGCGCAUGUAGGCGUGGUAGCACUGAGGCACGUGCGUGGCACCUGCCGGCACGCACGUGCCUUCCCCUCGACCUAGGUAAUGGGAGUGCCGGGAGUUAGGUUUUGCUAGGGUUUUGCCAGGGUUUGAGGCACGUCGGCGUGCCUGUGUCGUGUUUGGCGGCAGCUGGCCAGGCGAUGAGUAACUCAAGGCCUUGAGCAAUAAAGGCUCAACGUUCGUGUAAGCCACCUGAGGU